GUUUUGCUAGCUUUUUUUAACUGUUGCCCCCAAGCCCCACAGACCAUUUUCAAAACCCUGAAAAAGUCAUGGCGUCUUACCACCAUCACACCGCCACCAGCUGCUACGCCUGCUUCUGCAGCCAGCCACGACCACCACCACCACAACAAUCUGACCCUCUCCUACAAGCCUUUGCCUCUCUCCUCCUCCAAGUCCAACCCCAACAAAAUCAUUAUCCAAGCCAAACCCAUGGUCUCAAAUCAUUCCAAGAUCAGAACUUUGCUACUAAAAACCAACACUUUGAUCGGAGACACCACCACCAAGAAGAACUCGACAUCGUUCUAUUUUCACUUGUCAACCGCAUCAAUGCUCUCGAAUCAUCACUGCAGCACUUCUCCAGAGCUUCAAAUUCUUCUUCUCACCCUUCUCUCUCUCUUAAAGAUGCAGCUGCACGUGUCAUCCAAACCCAUUUCAGAGCUUUCCUUGUUCAUAGAUCAAGAACACUUAGGAAGCUCAAAGAUCUCGCCUUUGUCAAAUCAAGUCUCGAUUCUCUGACGCCCUCAGUUUACAAUAAAACCCAUUUUGAUAAUGCAGCUGUUUCUCGAAAAGCCAUGGACUUGCUUCACAAACUUGACUCUCUCAAGGGUGGUGAUCCGAUGAUUAGAGAUGGAAGAAGGUCAGUUAGAAGAGAUUUGCGUCAAUUUUUAGAAUAUAUUCAUGGGUUAGGCUUAGAAAGGAAUAAGCAUUUGUUUAAGAAUGCAAAUAAUGUGAGGGUUUGUGGCAAUGGUAAUAAAGCUAGGAUUUUUAGCUCAAAUUCUAGAGGAGCAAUGGAGAAAAUGAGAGACAGAGUUGAAAAUCUUGAGAGGCUUUCUAUAAACGAAGAGGGAGACUAUGAAGAUGGUGACGUGGAGCUUGAAGGGUUUCAUCAAGCUUUAGGUGAAAGUCAGAGUCCUAGGCUCUCCGUUGCUGAAAAUAGAAAUGGUGGAGUUUUGGUGAAAAGGCAAGGAAUUCAACCAAGAGUGAAGAAAACUGUGAGCUUUGCUGAGAAUGGGAAUAUUUAUAGAAUAAUCCAAAGUGGAGACGGAAACCUAGCUGAUGAGAGUGUUUCAAGUGAUGAUCAUGGAGGGAUAAUGGAGAAUCUUGUUAUUGAAGAAAAUGGGAAGGAAAUGAAAUUGAAUAAUAAAGAAGCUUCUUAUGAUUAUGAGAUUCAAGAUGGAGAUUUUGUGUUUUCUGCCCCAUUGCCAGUCAAGAUGGAAUCCAAAGCGGAUCUGAUGAAGAGGAGAAAGGGUACCCUCCAAAUUGUCUCAUAGGCGGAAACAGUAAUGACCAGUUUCAGGUAAUCUCCCCGAGUUCGAAUCAAGGGCCUACCUUGUACUGUAGACAAUUUUUUGCAGCACAAGCAUAGGCGGAACUCGAGGUGCGGUGCAUGGGGAGAGACAAGAGAGAGGUCCUGAAACUCCGGUCAUCACAGGAUUAGAUUUUUGUUGGUUCUUACCGUUCC